AUGGAGUCCAAGCAGAUCCGUAAGAUGCAGCAUGAAGCCGAUGGAUCCGGUCCCUUGAAAGAAGGAGAAGUGAGCCUUGCUGCCGGUCUCCUCCGAAGGGCUGUUCAGCAGCAGCUGAUUGUGAAGGCCAUCGCUGUUUCCAGUGGCAGCAAGUCCCUUGCGGUAGCCUCCCAGACCUUCUUGAGCAACCUUGAGGAAGACACCUAUGCUGGAACUCGCAAAAGCCGUGGCUCGAAGAUGAAUCCAUUUGAAGGUGAGAUGCUCAAUGUCACUUGGCAAGAAGAAGAUUUCAAUGUGCCGCUGCCAGCUGAAGUGAACACAGCUUUGGAGUGGUCCGCUACAGAGAUCAAGCUGCCAAAGAUUGCUCAUAUGAACCUCACCUAUGGUGAAUUCGUUGCAGGGCAAAGUCAGAUUCUGAGCUGUUGGCUUACGCCAAAUUCAUCUUGGACUCGUACGGGUGAGCGCUUGCCAAUCAGUGUGAAUCCUCCUUCCGUGCAGAAGCUGGAGGUCUUUGGACGUGCAUUGGUUGGCUGUCCUUUGUCAGCUGUCCUCCGCUGCGAAUUCUGCGAUCCAGCGUCCUUCAAGCUUCGUUGGAACACGCAGGUCGCUGCUGGAGCUGCUGGCAGCAUAGAAGUUGGCACGGGGAACAUCCUCUGGGUCCCAAAGGCGUCCAAGGGUCGAACGUUGAACUUGGAAGCCGAGCCGGACCAGAGCAUCACUGUGUCUUCGCGAUCCAAGGCAGCUUUGAGGGUUGGCAUCGUGGAGGAGGUUCCACAGGGAUGGCCUGACUCCAGAGUCAGUGCCUUUGGUCCGCGAGAUCCAGGCCAAAUCCGGGUGGUUAGCUUCAAUAUUCUUGCUGUCCCAUACGCAAGAACGCAGCUGGCCACACAGAUCAUGUAUCCAUAUUGCCCCUCCCAAGUCCUUGAUUAUGCAUAUCGACAACCUCUGAUAGGUCGAGAAGUCCACCGGUUGGAUGGUGACAUCGUGCUCUUGCAGGAAUGCACGUACUUCACCUACCUGAAAUUCUUUCAGCCACUCUUUGGUGAACUGUACCACAUCCGCUGUUCAUUGAAAGCGAGCCAUGUUUCUGAGGGAUGCCUCAUGAUGGUGCGGAAGGAGUCUUUUGAGAUCCUUGAAGAGAAGGACUUCCUAUUCAGGAACCUCUUCCGCACCAAUCAGGCCUAUCGGCCCCAGCUCCAAGAGGUUUGUGCCAAGUGGCCUGAUUUCUUAGAAGGCAUCUUGCCACGGAUGUCGACCAUUUUUCAGAUGAGCGUCUUGAGGCACAAGGACUCCGGAAAAGUUCUUGUUGUGGCAAAUACGCAUUUAUUCUACCACCCCAAUGCCAGGCACAUCCGCCUCCUCCAAGUCAUGUGCCUCCUGGGACAGGUGCAAGAGUUCCGCGAGAAGUUCAAGUCUGAAGGUGUGCUUCCUCAUGUGAUUUUGGCGGGCGACUUGAAUUGCCUGCCAGACACUGGGGCAGUGCAGCUGCUGCUGAAGGGAGAGGCGGCCAGAGAUUUCCUAUGA